AUUGAACGGGCCAAUGCGAACUGCGGUUUCAGGUCGCCAUAGAGACCGAUGCUGUUAAGAGCGAGAGGGCCUGAAGAAGGUGGGGAGUGAGGCUGGAGGUGUCUCAGGCUUGGGGAGCGGGAGGGGGUGUAGGGAAGAAAUACAGGGAGAUUCCCGAGUGCUGGCUCUGACACCUGAGGCAGCUUGCGCUUCGGCUUCCUGUCAACCCCAGCUGUGCGUGACAGGGUUUGUCCCUCAUCUCACCUCAAAGGCAGGAACAGCUGAGCCCUCGUACGAAUCCAUGAGAACCUAGGAGUGGGCAUUUCACUUUUCCUGCGUCGGGGAACUCCCUGAGGCCUUGACCUUUGACCUUUGACCUGUGUGCAGCUUCUGCUACUCCAGAUAUGGAGGACAUGAAUAAAAGAGACCAGCCAUUCAUGAUGAUUCAGAAAAAUGAUAGCCCAGACAAUCUGAUGUUCCAUUUGAAAAAUGGAAUGAGAAGUACCAAGUAUAAACCAGUAGACUAUCAACAAUUGCAUGCAUUGACUGAAGCAAAAAAAUUAGCUUCUGCCUCUACAGAGCUAAAGAUCCGAAAAGCAGUGCAGACUUCAAAAGCAUCUAAAGAGCAGACACUAAUAAAACAACACAAGCAAGUGUGGUGGCAGGAACACCAAAGGCUAAAUGACGUCAGGUAUAAAAUGGAAUCUGAAAUAAAAUCCUUUCUCAAUGAAGAGAACAUUGGAAAUGAAUGUCUUACUGACCUUACAAAUUUUGAACAAGAGUUAUCAGAACAAUGGUGCGUGUAUCUUAAAAAUGUGAUAAAUCCUAUUCAGCAGUUGAGAGCAGAUCUGAAAUACAGACAGCAUCACAUUUCCAAGCAUUCAUACUCACAUACUGAGUUUAACUCAGUGAAAGUACUGGAAGAGGUUGACUUUGUGAAUACACAAUUGAAAGCUGUCUUUGAAAGACUUAGCCUGGAGCAACAGAAAAUAGAAAACUAUCUUUCAGACUGGAGUAUGAAAAUACUAGAUCAUUCUUCAGAAGAAAGAUGUAACCAGCUUAGUGAAGUGCCCAUGGAAUUAGAAACCUUGGAAUGCCCAUACCCUGAUUUAAAAUCUUCAGUUCUUAAUGAGUUCUAUAACUUUACAGAGAAAUAUCAAAAGAAACUUCAAGAUGUUGAUCUGCAGUUAGAAGACAUAGCCAGAAAUUUCCACUUAAGUGAAGAAGACCACUGGAUUUACCAGGCUGUUCUGGAUCAGUAUCCGACAGAUCUCUGUGGUAGAAGGACUCUGUAUCUCAACAUGUUACAAAGAUAUUUUCCUCACAAAUCUAGGCAUGAUUUGGUGGAACAUGAGAAAUAUUGUGAUCAGUAUCGCUUUGCUAGGGAGCAGCGAAGGAUCCUGAUAUCAAAUUGGAAUAAGAACAGGAGAGACUUUAUGAAGAAGGCCGUACUGACACUUGCUGAGGCCUGUGCAGCACAUGCCAUGGAGGGCACGUUGGCAAAGGAUAGGAGAAAGCAACAGGAACUGUGUGCUCAUCUGAAAGCCAAGGUUCUUCAAUGGCGAGCCCACCAGGAAGAAGUAGCAAGACUGGAAAUGGAAAUUUCUGCCAGAAGAAGAGAAAAGGAGGAGGAGAGAGAGAAGCUAUGGAAGAAGAAGGAAUUGUUUCAAAGAGCAGAGAAGAAAAAGAAAAUUAGAAAAUAUUGGGCUAAAAAAGAACAGAAGUGGCAAGAAGUGGAAAUGAGAGAUCUUCAGCGUCUAGAAGAACUGAAGAAAUUAAUGGCUGAACAGUCAGUAAAAGACAGAGAAAGGGUUAAAUAUAGACAAGAAUUACUGGAAAAGCGUUUGCUGGAGAAAAAAGCAGUGGCCCUCCAAGAAGCUCAUGAAGAAGGCGAGAGAGAGAGGCGGCUAGAAGCCCUUAGGAAACAGGUUGCUAUUGUUGCUCAAUUUGAUCCUGUUAGAAUGAUGUCAGACACAAUGGCAUCAAAAGCAAGAAUGGGUAUUGGAACUGAAGAAGAAUUUAUUCUUCAAAAGCCACUCUUUACAUUGAAUACAUACAAUGAAUACCAGAUAAUUUCUGACCCUAGACUCCGUUUUGAGUUAGCAGUUCGAGAAGCUGGACUUCAUAAAACAUUUUAUGCCAGAGAGAUAUUACCAAAAAUCAGUCCUCAAAAACCUCCAAGAAAGGACAUGGAGUCUACUGUAUUUAAAAUCUAGAGUUCUUCUGUAAAUCCUAUUAUAUGUAAACAAGAUUUUUCUUUGAAUACAUUUAUAUAGAUAACAAUUACUACUUUCCAAAAAUUUUUAAAAUAUCAGACAUAGAAAUCAAAGCAUUCAUUAACACAACUUUGUCUUUUAUGACUCUUAGAAUAUCAUGCACUAUUUCCUAUAUCUUUGUUAUGUCUGAUAGUACUGAAUUCAGCAAGACUAUGGAACAUAAUUAUAAUGCAUAUGAUACAUAUAUUAUUGUUCAGUAACCUGCAUAUUGGAGAUUGCAUUAUCCCAUGAAAAGAGCUUAAAAUAACCAUUUUCAGGAAUUACAAUUUAUGUUGCUACUACCUGCUAAGGUUCAUUUCUGCUUGUUAUUUCAGAAUUUGACUUUUUAAUUAUGGAAGCUCCAUUAUCAUUAAUACUUCUAUUUCUUGAUUAUUAUAAGAGGAGACUCAACCUUUCUCUAAAUUUAGAAACCAAUUUGGUGUACCAUGUUUACUGCAAACCAAUCAUCCAAACAAUUUCAUUUUGCAAAUUAGCCUUUAAAAAUAAAUUAGAAAUUAGGAACAGCACUUCAAGCAUGGGAAUAUCUGUUUGGGCUUAGAAAAAAAUGUAUUUGUGUGGUUGUUUAGAAAGAAUAUUUUACAAUUUAUAAUAUUUCAAACGUUAUCAAAAAUUCCAAAUUAUUUAAUAUCUAGAUGGUUUUAUACAUAGAGCAUUUCAAAUAAAUAUCAACCAUAUAUGUCUACUUUAAAAACUUGAUUAAUCAGAAUCACAAGUCAGUGUUGUUGGAAGUUGCCAUUAUUACUGUUAAGACUACCUCCCCCACCUUCUGUUUCUUUCUAUUGCAACUUCCUGCCAUUUCCUCCCUACUUCUAGCCCAGAAUUGCUGUUAUUGGAGUAAUGCAAAAAAAAGACCAGUCU